AUCUUGAGACAAGUCUCACUAAGGUCCCAGGCUGGCCUUGAAUUUGCAAUUCUCUUGCUUCAGUCUCCAGAGUUACUAGGAAUUACAGACAUGUGCCGAUGUGCUGGGGCCAAGUUCCUUAACUUUCUGAACUUCCAUUUCCAUUUCCAUCACCUCCUCCUGAAGUGAUGCAGAAUAUCUGUUUGAGUUAAUAAAAUAAAAAUACUUUGUGAGUGCCCUUAACUGUUCUUUUUAUUAUUAUUCCCAUUUUACAUAUGAGCAAGGUGAGGCUUUGAGGAGAAAUAGCCUAGCCUGGGUCAUCCAGUCAGGAAGUGGAGUUUGAGGAUAAAUAGUGAACACAGUGGGACAUUACCUAGCCAGAGGCCCAACAUACACCCAGAGGUGGACCUGUCCUGGGAAUCAAAGGGUUGCCUUGUUCUGCCCCUCAGCUCAGGAAAUUCCAAGGUGGUUUUCACUAUUAGCUCCUCUGGUUCUCUACCUGGAGGGGUCCAGUUACCUAAACCAACUUCAGGGAUUCAAGUAUCUCAACCUGCCUGUCUGGGCCUCUUUUGAGGGGUGGCUGUCACUUGUAGUGGCCUGGGUUGCUUUGGGCCAAUCUGGGCAUUUCCUGGGGCCUACGGUCUUCACCCCAUCCUUGAAAUGGUUCUGGCUGGAUAGCAGCCUCUAGGUGGUGUGGGUGAAAUUUGGGACUGGUUUUGGGCGGGGACAAGACUGAACACAGGUUUCCUUGUUUCUGGCGAGAGGGAGGGCAGGAGGAAAUUGGAGACCCCAUCCCCCACCUGGUCACUGUUGCUCCGUAGUCCAUGAUGGCGUGGUCUCCAGUGCUCCUUGGUGUCAUCCUCUUGCUGACUGCCUUUCCAGGGCCUAGUGUCGCAGACCGCCCCAUGCCCAAACUGGCUGACCGGAAGCUUUGUGCUGAUGAGGAAUGCAGCCACCCCAUCUCCAUGGCUGUGGCCCUUCAGGACUACGUGGCUCCUGACUGCCGUUUUCUGACCAUACACAGGGGUCAAAUUGUGUAUGUCUUCUCGAAGCUGAAGGGCCGAGGGCGGCUCUUCUGGGGAGGCAGUGUUCAGGGUGAUUACUAUGGAGACCUGGCUGCUCGUCUGGGCUAUUUCCCCAGUAGCAUUGUUCGUGAGGACCAAACUCUGAAACCUGGGAAAAUUGAUGUGAAGACAGAUAAAUGGGAUUUCUAUUGUCAGUGAACUCAACCUACCGCUGUUCCUGCUGUUUUUCCCUCCUGACCUUAUGCAAAUACAUCAGCAAGAGCAAACUGCCGGCCUCUGUGGUUUUUUGGGGUGGAGUGGGGCUAUACAAAGGAAAUGCUUAGCAGGUUCCUGAAUCUAGCCAAUCAACUCCCUGAAUGUGGCAUCGUCAAUGGUUGCUAGGCAGAGUUUGAUGAAAGCCCUUCGCUCUAAGAUGGUACCCUAGGCGGGCACCUAAGAUUAGAUCUGGGACAAGCUAGCGAGAAGACGGAAUCAAACACCCAACUGAGGGGUUGGGUCCUCUCCUGACCAAUAACAGGGAGCUGAACUAUUGGUAAUGCGCCAAUCGGACCUGAGGACAUAAAUCGCAAAGCAGGUAUUUUCUUGGAAAGUAUCUGCAAAGCCGGGUGGGAAGUA